UUUGGGAAGAAAUAAAUACUCAACAAACUGUUUGAGUCAAGACCCAAAAGAAUGGAUCUUUUGAAACCAAAUGGUGCGAAUUCUUGUCCAUUGACACCAUUAACAUUUUUAGAGAGAGCCGCCACCGCCUACGCCGACUUACCCGCCACCAUCCACGGCGGCGCCGCCACCCGUACAUGGGCAGAAACCCACAUCCGUUGUCUCCGUCUAGCUUCAUCCAUCGCCGGAAUCGGAAUAGGAAGAGGCGACGUCGUUUCAGUCGUGGCCCCAAACAUACCCGCCAUGUACGAACUUCAUUUCGCAAUUCCAAUGUCCGGUGCCGUCAUUAACACCAUUAAUACUCGCCUCGAUUCGCGUACCAUUUCUGUUAUGCUCCGUCACGGCGAGUCGAAGCUUUUGUUUGUUGAUUAUGCUUUCUUGGGUACUGUUAUCGGAGCUCUGUCACUUUUUCCGUCAAUUUCCGACCGGCCUAAGGUUGUCCUUAUAACGGAGGGCAAUCCGCCGGCGACUGUUGAUGAAGAUACGUUUUAUGAUACGUAUGAAUCUAUGGUUGAGAAAGGUGACCCGGUAUUCAAUUGGAUACGUCCUAAAAGUGAAUGGGACCCGAUGACCUUAAAUUACACAUCAGGCACAACUUCCUCUCCAAAGGGUGUUGUUCAUUCCCACCGUUCGAUCUUCAUCAUCACCGUUGAUUCAUUAAUCGACUGGGCCGUACCAAAACACCCGGUUUACCUAUGGACAUUACCCAUGUUUCAUUCAAACGGGUGGAGCUUUACAUGGGGCAUGGCAGCCGUCGGAGGGACAAAUAUCUGCUUACGUAAGAUCGAAGCUGCUGACGUAUACUCCUCAAUCAACCGUCACCACGUCACCCACCUCUGCGGCGCUCCGGUCAUCCUCACCAUGUUAUCCAAUUUACCCACGAACAACCCGUUAAAACACCCGGUUCGUUUCCUGACAGGCGGGGCACCGCCGCCUUCUUCCGUUUUACUCCGGGCGGAAGCAUUAGGGUUUAUUGUUAGUCAUGGGUAUGGGUUAACAGAGGUCGCCGGCGUGGUCGUUUCCUGUGCCUGGAAAUCGAAAUGGAAUCGGCUUCCGGCAACGGAAAGGGCUAGGUUGAAAUCUAGACAAGGGGUUAGAACAAUUGGGUUGACGAAAGUUGAUGUUGUGAAUCCUGGAACUGGGUUAAGUGUUAAACGAGAUGGAUUGACGGUCGGUGAGGUUGUAUUACGAGGUGGGUGUUUGAUGUUGGGUUAUUUAAAAGAUCCGGUGACGACUAAUCGGUGUAUGAGGGAAGAUGGGUGGUUAUAUACCGGAGAUGUAGCGGUUAUGCAUUCGGAUGGGUAUUUGGAGAUUAAAGAUCGGUCUAAGGAUAUAAUAAUAACGGGGGGUGAGAAUGUGAGUAGUGUGGAGGUGGAAUCGGUUUUGUAUAGUCAUCCGGCGGUGAAUGAGGCGGCGGUGGUGGCUCGGCCGGAUGGGUUUUGGGGGGAGACGCCAUGUGCGUUUGUGAGUCUUCGAAGUGGGAUUUCACCUGUUCCAAAAGAGAAGGAAGUUAUUGAGUUUUGUCGGGAGAGAUUGUCGCAUUAUAUGAUGCCGAGAACGGUUGUGUUUGAAACUGAACUUCCUAAGACAUCGACGGGAAAGAUUCAGAAGUUUAUGCUGAGGGAGAAGGCUAAAGCUAUGGGAUCUUUGCCGACCAGUCGACUGUGAAGACGACUGAGGAAUUCAGUUUCAGCGGCGGCGGCGGCGCCGGCGGUGGAGAUGGUACAAAGAGAAAGGGAUUGGUAUAAAUUAAUUAAUUAAUUAAUACAUUCGAUAUUUCAAUAAGAAAGAAUAAUACAGGUUAUUUUUGGAUAAGAAAAUUUGUAUACGUAUGAUUGAAUAUUUGAUUGAUUGUGUUGUGUGUCGUGUUUGUUUGUUGCCUAUAUAUUUGGAUGUGAAUUGUAAUAUUAAUUAUUUCUCAAUUUAUACUAAGGAUUACAUUUUGAUUGUAUUA